AUGCGUUCCUUUACUUCAAUCGCCGCUGCCGCGGUGGUCGCCCUUCCUUUGGCCAUUGCAGCGCCCAACAAGGCAAACAAGAUGGAUGCCAGCUACUACAAGCCAGAGCAGGUCAUCAAUACCGAUGUUGUCAUCAUCGGCGGAGGUGGCAUGGGUGCCUACUCUGCCAUUCAACUCAAAGACGCGGGAAAGAAAAUCGUGGUCAUUGAGAGCAAAGACCGUCUUGGAGGUCAUACGGAGACUUACAUGGAUAACGAGACCGGAAUCCCAAUCGACAUGGGUGUGAAGCUGUACCACGAUGAACCCCUAGUGCACCAGUGGUUCGCACGCUUCAACCUUUCUACAACCCGGUUCAGCCCAACGCCUAUCGGUCCAUCUCAGAACGUUGACUUCAGGAGCGGUCAGGUGUUGCAGGGUCUGCCUGCUCCCAACCAAACGGCCAUGGGAAUUGCUCUGCAGAAGUAUGGUGCCGUUCUCGCAAAGUACCCUCAACUCGAGGGUGGUUUCUACCUCCCGGACCCCGUUCCUGAGGACCUGUAUAUGCCUUUUGGCCAGUUUAUUCAGAAGUACGACAUUGCUGAUGCGGUGCAAACCAUCUUCGGUCUCACCUCCGCCUUUGGUGAUAUCCUCGAGCUACCCGCCCUGCAGCAGAUGCGUACGUUCUCCCUUGGUCUUCUGGCAACUUUGCAGAACUUCCAAACCAGCUCGGUAAUGGACAACAGCCUUCUGUUCGAAAAGAUCACUGCCGAACUUCAGGCUACGAACUCUCUACUUCUGUCCUCCAAGGUCACGAAGACGCAGCGUGUGAGCAAGUUCGACGGCGGCGUCAAGGUUCUCGUUGAGACCCCAAUGGGCUGCCGCCUCAUUCAAGCGAAGAAGAUCCUCAUGGCUAUUCCGCCCACUCCCGAGAACCUUGCCAAAUUCGAUCCCAGUGGUGACGAGUUGAAGAUCUUCAGGCAAUUCACUUCUGUCGGAUACUACACUUCCAUCAUCAGAAACGCCGGCCCUACCAACGUUACCCUCCAGAACCUCGCACUUGACAAGCCCUACGCACUCCCACCUAUGCCUGCUAUCUACAACGUCAACCCCACUGCAAACCCAACCCUUAGCCUCGUCUACUAUGGUACCAAGGUCGGCCAGCAUCUCAGCGACGAGCAGGCCAAGGCUGCCAUCAUUGCGGACCUCAAGCGCUUCCAGGCUGCAAACAACAUGACCGAGACUGAGCCGGAGUUUGUCGCAUUCAGCAACCACAGCCCGUACAAUAUGAUGGUCGGUGAGAAGGCUACUCGCGCUGGAUUCUACAAGCACCUGUAUGGAUUGCAGAGCAAGCGCAACACUUUCUGGACUGGUGCCGCAUGGAGGGCGCACGACAGCUCUUCCAGCUGGGCUUUCACUAGCCGAAGUGUGCUGCCCCAGCUAUUGGCAAGCUUGUAG